AAGCAUGCAAGUAUCUGACCGACUCUUCUUUGGAGGCUCUUUAUAAGGAAGGUGCUCUCCCAGCCCUUCGUGAGCUAGACUUGUCUUAUGGAAGGAAGCCUUUGCCAUUCUGCAAUAGAGGAGCUUCUUGCUUGCUGUACACAUCUGACCCAUGUGAGCCUGAAUGGAUGUGUGAAUAUGCAUGACCUGAACUGGGGUUAUAGUGGUGGCCAACUUUUUGAGUUAUCUAGCUUUGAUGGCUCAUCUGCAAUCUGUUCUCUAGAGAUCAUCCAGGAGCAAAUUGAGCAGCCGGACCGUUUACUGCAGAAUCUGAACUGCGUAGGGUGUUCAAACAUUGAGAAAGUUGUCAUUCCUCCAAGGGCCCGUUGUUUUCAUCUGUUAUCAUUAAACCUAUCUUUGUCAGCAAAUCUGAAGGAAGUAGAUGUUGCUGCUUCCAAUCUAAGCUUUCUUAAUUUGAGCAAUUGUUACUCCUUGGAAAUUUUGAAGCUUGAAUGUCCAAAGUUGACUAGCCUCUUCCUUCAGUUUUCUUGAAAUUUAUGCUGCCGUAGAUUCAGUGGACACUUGCUGUGGAUUCUGUGGUGUACGUGGUGGAUUCCAGUGGGGCU